AUAUAUACUUCAUUUCUGCAUUUUCUCUCAUUCUCACUCUCACAACAAACCCAACUCCAAAUCCCCAAAACCUCUCCCGUAAUCUCUCACUAUCUCCUCCACCAUUGUUUAAACAAAAACAGAACAAUGGGUACCCUGACCCGGACCCGCAAAGGUUACUCUACCACCCUCUUUAUUCUCUUGACUCUUUUGCUUCUCAACUCCCCAAGUGUCCAUGCAAUUAGCAACAACCCCAUCAAAACCGUCGUCGUUUUGGUCAUGGAGAAUCGCUCCUUCGACCACAUGUUGGGCUGGAUGAAGAAGCUCAACCCGGCCAUCAAUGGCGUUACCGGGUCGGAGUCCAACCGGGUAUCCGUAACCGACCCGAAGUCGCAGCAGUUCUUCUUCAAGAGCCAGGCGCAGUACGUGGACCCGGAUCCGGGUCACUCGUUUCAGGCAAUCCGGGAGCAGAUAUUCGGGUCGGAAGACACCUCGGCUGACCCGGCUCCGAUGAAUGGGUUCGCCCAGCAAGCUUACUCGAUGGACAACACCACCGGCAUGUCGCAGAAUGUGAUGAAUGGGUUUGAUCCUGAUAUGGUUGCUGUUUACAAGACACUUGUUUCUGAGUUUGCUGUGUUUGAUAGGUGGUUUGCCUCCGUGCCGGCUUCCACUCAACCCAACCGUCUCUACGUGCACUCGGCGACAUCCGGCGGCGCCACCAGCAAUGUGGCGUCGCUGCUCGCCAAGGGCUACCCGCAACAAACAAUCUUCGACAAUCUCCACGACGCCGGAAUCGAUUUUGGAAUAUACUACCAGAAUAUUCCGGCCACAUUGUUCUACAGAAACGUUAGGAAGCUAAAGUACGUGCCCAAAUUCCACUUAUACGACCUGUCGUUUAAGAGUGAUGCAAAGGCAGGGAAGUUGCCGGGUUAUGUUGUGGUGGAGCAGCGGUACAUGGACACGAAGCUGCUCCCAGCAAAUGAUGACCAUCCAUCUCAUGACGUGUACGAAGGGCAGAAGUUUGUGAAGGAGGUGUACGAGACGCUGAGGGCGAGCCCGCAGUGGAAUGAAACCCUGCUUGUGAUCACGUACGAUGAGCAUGGAGGGUUCUUUGAUCACGUGCCUACCCCAGUGCGUGGGGUUCCCAGCCCUGAUGGGAUUGUGGGCCCAGAGCCAUUUAACUUCACUUUUAAUAGAUUGGGGGUUAGAGUUCCUACUAUUGCUGUUUCACCUUGGAUUGAAAAGGGCACUGUUGUUCAUGGGCCAAACGGGUCACCAACUCCUACAUCAGAAUAUGAACACUCAUCCAUUCCAGCAACAGUGAAAAAGAUCUUCAAUUUGCCUUCAUUUCUGACCAAGAGAGAUGCAUGGGCUGGGACCUUUGAGGGCAUUGUCCAAACCAGGACACAGCCUAGAACUGACUGCCCAGAGCAACUUCCAACCCCAGUAAAGAUCAGGAAGAGUGGGCCUAAUGAAGAUGCAAAGCUCAGUGAAUUUCAGCAGGAGUUGAUCCAACUCGCGGCGGUGAUUAAAGGAGAUAACAUCUUCACUAGUUACCCUGACACAAUAGGGAAAGACAUGACUGUUAAGCAAGGGAAAGAUUACAUGGAUGAUGCAGCCAAAAGGUUCUUUGAAGCAGGUCGUUAUGCAAGGAAAAUGGGAGUAAGUGAAGAACAUAUAGUUCAGAUGAAGCCUUCUUUGACUACAAGAUCAUCCAAAUCUGCAAACAAAAAUCCUUAGAAUAAAAAAAGCAUGUAACAUGGACGGAGUAAGAAGUUUUUAAAUUUUUUUUGAUACAAAUAUUAAUACAGAAAUGGAAGAAAGCAACAUGAUAGAAAAUAAUGGUACUUAUAUGGUAUCCUUGUUAUUUCAUACAUGUGUAUGCAUAUGAUGAUAUCUCAGUUGUUAAUUUUCAAAUUAGUAACUGUAAUUACUUACUUUACAUUCUAAAUCUACCCUUCAGUUUAGAGAA